UAAGAAACGGGAUCCACUAUAUACGGCAAGAACGCUAGAUGGUGGUCGACUUAGGAAAGCAGCAGAAAUUAAGGGUGAUGAAAGUAUUUUGCUACACAUUAGAGGAAAAGACUUGGUUGCUUUAGAAGUGAAGUAUCAUCACGGAUGUUAUCAAAAAUACACCUCAUUCCUCAAACACCAUAAAGUUGACCCUGCUGAAUGUGAAGAAUCCACUCAAAAACCCUUAUACAAUGAAGGGUUUAAUGCUUUUAGUGAAGAGUUCAUUAAAGUGCAAAUAAUACAAGAAGAAAGUAUUUUCUACAUGGCAAAGGUUAAAGAAAAGUUUGUUAAAUUUGUUGCACGUGUUGAAAAUGCAGAUGCAACGAAUGAAAAAACGGUUUCCACAACUAAUAUUUCAAACCCCUAAACAGCGUAACAAAAGUGAGAUGGUUUACUCAGGUUGCAUUCAACCAAGUUCAAUAGUAGAGAAUAUUCCCUUCGCUGAUGAAGUGUCAACAGAAAUUUCUGAUGAUGGUGAGGAACCUGAACAGUUCUUGCCAGAUGCAGUAUACAGGGCAGGCACUACGUUGCAUGAAAUUUAUAAUGUUGCAUUGGCAUUAAGAAAGGAAUUUGAAUCCACGAAUCCAGUAUCCUGGUAUGGUACAUGGCCUCCACUAGCUUCUGAUAUUACUUUGGAGAGCGUGAAAAAAAUUAGUGUCACCAAUGGUAUUUAACUUUAUUGCAUGGCUGCUUGGCUUUUCUGAUGAGCCAGAACGCGCUGGUUAUGUUCAAAUACAGGAAAAGCAAGCUCUCAAGGUAUUUUCUAUCUGCCAAGAUUUGAUAUAUGUCUUCAGCAGUGGGAAAGUGCAGACUCCAAAAUCUUUGUCAUUAGCCAUGGCAGUUCGACAAAUGUCUGGUUGCUCCAGCUUAAUUACACUACUUAAUGGUCUUGGUCAUUGUGUAUCUUUACCAUCAACGAUGGCUUAUGAAUCAGCUAUUGCCCAAUUGACGAUUAAUAGUUUGAAUACCAUCCCUAAAGAUUUUGUAGAGGGAAAGCAUAUCACCCUUGUGUAUGAUAAUAUCGAUUUCCAAGAAGAUGCUACAAAACAAACACAUGUGACAAAUGGUAUCAUCAUCCAAAAAGUUGUGCCGGAAACGUUUCCCAAGCUUGCAUGCCGUACAAGAGAAUGCCAAGUACCAAUUAAGAAAACCAACACUAGGAGAGUUUCAUGCCAGCAUGAGCUACCUUUCUGCUAUAUCAAAACUCUUCAAGAUGUUGGUUUGAAGGAUGUGCUCAUUGAAUCGGGAAUUAUCAGCGUUGGAUCAAUAAGAGGUGUCUUGUCCGGAAAGCACUACAACCGAUCAAUUAUGUGUCAUAAAUUGGUGUAUGAAGCCUUGCAACGUCUUCGAUUCGAUGCAUACUUGGAUUCAAUCGAUAAUCAGCAAAAAGAGAGUGUUGCAACAUCCAUUCAAAACGUGGCUGAUUGUUUUGCGAACGGCAAGCUCAUCGACUGUAUCGAAAGUCAGCAAAUGGAGCAACUCGUGAGGAACUAUGAGCAGUUUGUUGAGAAAUCAUCCAUAAAGUCUAAAACCUUUGCAUUCUGGAGCAUGUACAUAAAAAUGACUGAAAUCCUGCUGCACUUCAUUCGGGCAACUCGAGAAGUCGAUUGGAACCUUCAUUUAGCGUCGUUCAGAUGUAUGCUGCCAUGGUUUUUUAUUUGCGAUCGUAUAAACUAUGCCAGAUACGGGACUGCUUAUUGGCUGGAAAUGACAGCAUUGGAAAAUACACACCCUGAGAUUGUUCCCGAUUUAUCCACAACUUUCGCAGUCCAACGCCAAGAUUGUCACGGAUUCUCCGCAGUUUCUUGUGACCAGAUGAUUGAACAAACCGUAAAUCGUGACUCCAAAACCAAGGGAGGCAUUAUUGGUUUUUCAUUAAAUCGGUCGGCGGUCCACAGAUGGUUGUUAGCCCAAUCAGAAAGAGCCGCAAUUGCUAACAAAUGCAAGAGUAUGGAUGGUUCUAACAUUACUCCAAGGAGCCGCAAAGAUCUUGACAGAACUAAGUGUGCACUUAAUGAAAAAUUAGUGAAGAACGUAAUGUCUGCAGUGUUGAGCAUGAACAAUCCGUUUGAUGUUGAGGAAGAAAAUUUGGUUGGUUUGGCAAGUGGCUUGGUGGUGGAAGAUGAGAUUGCAGAUAAACUCCUGGGGGCAGAAAAAAUAGGGGAGGAGCAGUGUAUUAAAUUUGCACGAGAUAAUCUUUUGAGUACAAAACCGACAUUUUGCAAAGUUCACCCGUAA